AUGAAAUCGCUGGUGGUGUUAAUAUCCGUGGUGGCGUUAGCCUCUGCCAAGCCUUCUCAUUUCUACAAUGAAGGAAUCGUCGCUUAUUCGGCGCCGAUAGUAGCUGCUGCGCCCGCUGCCGUCUCACACCAGUCUCGUCUGGACAUCAAAUCAUCGCCGGCUAUAGUUGCGACGGCGGCAGUUGCACCUAUCGCCACUCGCACUGUGAUUUCUCAACCGGCUCUACUCAGUGCUCCAGCUGCGAUCGCCGCCCCAACUGUUCUCGCUGGUCCUGCCGCCGUAUCCAGCCAGUCCCGUAUCGACAUUAAAUCGUCACCAGCUUGGAUAGAGACGGCAGCAAUUACUCCGAUCGCAUCACGCACCGUGAUUGCGCAACCGAGCGUUCUUUCCGCGCCUGCUGCUAUCGCCGCACCCGCUUUCGUUGCUGCGCCUGCCGCUGUAUCCAGCCAAUCCCGUAUUGACAUCAAAUCGUCACCAGCUGUCUUAGCGACUGCCGCCGUAGCACCAGUUGCAACACGCGUCUUGACGGAGCCCGCUGUUGUCACCGCGCCAGCUGCAUUUGCUGCACCAGCCGCCGUGUCUAGCCAAUCCCGCAUUGACAUCAAGUCUACGCCAGCUGUAGUAGCGACUGCCGCCGUUGCUCCUGUUGCUACACGUGUCUACUCUGAGCCAGCUGCUUUUGUUGCCCCUGCUGGUAUUGUUGGACCCGCUGCCAUAUCCAGCCAGUCCCGCGUGGAUAUCAAGUCUUCUCCAGGUUUCGCGAAAACUAUUGUCUCUGCUGGACCCGUUGCCUAUAGCGCGCCUUUCGCUGCUGGAUCGGUUGCCUACAGUGCGCCAAUCGCCACAGCUCCUUGUGGUGAUGCUGUCGUGAAAACCACCGGUAUCGCUUCAUCUAUUUAUAAGACCGGUACUUUCUUGCCUGCUCCUAUCGGUGCUAGAAUUCUGCCUGUUGACACACCCGAGGUCAUUGCUGCCCGCAAUGCCCACUUUGAGGCCCAAGCUAAUAUUCUCGCUGGUAUCCACACAGUGCACAAGCGUUCAGCACCCUUGAUCGCGGCGACUCCCCUGGCUACUCCAGUAAUCUCUACAUACGCAACAUCUCCCCUGGCUUACUCCGCUCCCUUAACAUACUCUGCACCUCUGAGCGUUGUAAGCCCAGCCAUCACCAAGGUUUAUGGAGUCCACUCCUGGUAA